AUGCCAAAUUAAUUUUUCAAAUACUAUUCAUAUAAUAUUUAGUCAAAAUUAUUAUCUUAAAUAGUAGUUUACAGUGAGGUAGAUUUGUCUUAAUCACCCUAUUUUUAAUAAUUGGGCUUAACAUUUUUCUGUUAACUAUUUAUCCAGAAGUUAUUAUCUCUUCAGUCUAUUUUUCCAAGCUAGAGUAAUAGAAAAACUAGUACUAAGUUCUUUAUCCAUUUAGGUUACAGCUAUCAACUGAUAAAUAUAUCUCAGAAAAUGAAAAUUAAGAACCUAUUAAAAAUUACGAAAAAAAAACGGAUGAAGAAUAAAAUAAAGAAUUAGGUAAAAAUAAAAUUAAUUAAAAAGAAAUUAAGCAUUUACUUAAGCUUAGCUAACAUCCACUUGGAGGUUAUCUUAACUCUAUAAAAUAAAUAGCUGAAGAUAUAUUAAAGCCUGUAGAAUUAUCUUGAACAGAAAAGCUAAUACUAAAUUGAUUUAAAACAUUCAAAUCUAAUUCAGGAAACAUAUCUUAAAAAAUAAAUGAUAAUUGGUUGGAAUUAGAUUGAUAUUACUUAAUUAUUUAUGAUUUUUAAUGCUUAAUAUUUGCUAAAUAAAUGUAUUAAGUAUUCUAUAUCUUAGAUUAAGAUUUGUAUUAUAAUGAGAUUUGAAUUAUAUCUUAGUAAUUAACCUGUUAAAUAAGACUCAUAUCCGUUUAUACAACCAGCUAGUCAGUUAUAGUAAUAACUUUGA